AUGGGUGCAUGGAAGGAGAUCCGGCCUCGAUUUUUACCAGCUAUAAUCACCAUGUUUCUUCUUCUUCAGGUACUUUUCUUGGUGAACAUGUGUUAUCUUUAUGCAACGCAGUUCCGAAGUACCACCCGUUAUCACAAUUUCAACGUGCUUUAUGUUGACUAUGAUGGCGGUAUCAUCGGCAAAUCGGUGUCAGAUUCUUACCACCAAUUACGAGGAGAUGGGUUCCCAACCUUUGUGCUGCAAUCUUCUAAUAGAUAUCCCCAACCAGAGAAUAUCCGAGAAGCCGUAUGCAGGGGUGAGUACUGGGGGGCUGUGUACACCAGUCAGGGUGGAUCAGCUGGUCUCGCCUCGGCGUUGGCAAACGGGUCUCGCCCGCCGGUCUCGUUCACUUACAUCUGGAACGGGGUGAGAUACCCAGUGUUCUCACAAGCCGCGGUCUACUCCAACAUCUUGAAACUGAUUGAAAUCACACGGUCGACAUACCACGCCAAUAAUGGAUCUUCCAUCGCCACGUCAGCCGACCUCUCUAAUCCAACCACCCUUAAAGCUUUCCUCGACCCGAUCUACGUGGAAGAAAUCAAUAUCAAGGACACGGAACAAGGUACCCGAGUUUUCUACAAUACAGUAUCCAUGGUGAUGCCCAUUAUCCAGCAGUUCUUUUUCAUGUUGGCGCUGAACGGCAUAUCAACCCAUGUCGACGCAUUUACCAAAUUGUCCUGGAAAGCUAACGGCCUGAUUCGCGCGAUUGCCUCCAUCCUCUACACCCUCACGGGAGGACUGUUAAUGACCGGCUAUAUCUGGGCCUUCAGAGAGGCCUGGGGCCAGCAAGGCAGUCGGUUUGUGUUGACUUGGGUUACUCUGUGGCUUCUGAUGCACAUAAACUUUCUGUUUUUCGACAUCACGACCGCUUUCAUCCCGAUUCAAUUCAUGCCGUUUAUUGUUCUGACGUGGGUCAUUCUCAAUGUUGCGAGCACCAUCAGCCCAUUUGAGCUGAAUCCGGGUUUCUUCCGCUGGGGCUACGCUCUUCCCUCCCAUGAGGCAUACCAGGUUCUCAUCCAGAUCUGGUCUGGUGGGUGCAAUAACCAACUCUAUCGUGCACUUCCUAUUAUGUUCUCAUGGUGGAUUGUCGGUGUCUCCAUUGCAGUGUAUGCGAUGAAAUACCGUUGCAAAACUGCGGUAGCUGCCCAGGAAUCCUUGGAUCGCACACGUCUGGAAACUCAAUCCGAACCUAAACAUGAGAUAAUUAACGAGCCAAUGAUGCCACUCGGUAGCUCCAGUCGCGAAUUUGAGCAGAAUGGGGACUCAAUUGAGCCAAUUUCACUUCAUCGUGUUGCUUAA